CCCACAUGAAAUUGCAAUUUGAUUUGUGGCUUCCCAUUGGCCAUGGCAACGAUGAUGGCUGAGUUCGGCACAUAAACUCUGGCGGCAAGCAAAUUCGCAACACAUAGAUCGGGCUCAUCACUCUUGAUCCAAACAUCCAAACCAAAAGCAGAUACUUUCAAUAACCAAGCAAGAAAGUCGUCACAUACCAGAUACCCUGGAACUUCAACGUUGCUCUUUCGUCUCAUUUAUUUUCCAGUUUCUUAUUCCAAGCAACCCAUCCGGCAAUCCACGUAUUUGCUUUCUCCCAAUCAAUAAUACAAUAUACAGUACUGUACCAAGCAAGCAAGAUGUUUUCUGUUCGCGCCCUUUCGUUGAAGCCAACCAACUCUGGUCUGAGGAACCGUGCUGUUUCCUUGAUGAGCCGUCGUAAAAAGUCGGCCUUGACGACCAAGGACACGGAAGUUGUGAGCUCCAAUACCAGCAGCAGCGGUGUUCCCGUUGCCAAGUGUUUGCUGGCGGCAGCUGCUGGAGUGGGAACUGUCUCGGCGGUGGCUGCCUUGGUGGAGAAUUCCACGGCUUCGUCAGUCCCAGCAUUUGAUCCCAAGGGCCAACGUUACGAUGCUGAAAGCUUUGGAGGACGAUUCUCUCGUAUGCUCUUGGCGUGUGACCCCAGUCUCUUGAUGUACACGGAAGAACAGGUUCGCGAGAGCCAACAGAUGGUUCUGGACUACCAGCAGUUCUUGGCCAAAAACAACAAUGAUCCUGCCGCACACCGUCAAUUGUGGGAAGCAAAGCGUGUUUCGGAGUCUGCCGUGCAUCCUGAUACAGGAGAUGUCAUCCCACGCCCCUUCCGAAUGUCAGGCUAUGUCUUUUACAAUGGACCCGUCUGUGUCGCCAUGGUCGCUUCCCAAUCCACCUUGCCUCUCCUCUUUUGGUCAUGGAUCAAUCAGUCGCAGAAUGCACUAGUCAAUUACUACAAUCGCAAUGCUGCAUCCACCAUGACCAACGAAACACUCGCCAAGAGUUACGCCGCUGCCGUGGGAUCGGCUCUCUGUGUCGCAUUUGGAUUGGCAACAGUCAUUCAAAAGCGAUUCGAUGCACAAAAGGCAAAAUCAAUGCUGCGAUGGGUCGCAUUCCCCAGUGCCGUCGUCGCAUCGUCGCUCAAUUGCUACAUUGUACGAUCGCCGGAAAUGGAUUCCGGUAUUCCUCUCUUGGAUCAACAUGGCAAUGAUGUAUUGCCAGGAGAAACCAGUCAAGAGGCUGCCACACGAGGUGUUCAUUCCACGACACUGUCUCGUGCUCUGUUGCAGGCACCUGUCUACUUUUUGCCACCUCUUCUCGUGUCCAGUGGACCGCUGAAGCAAGUCGUCACCAAGAAUCCUGCCUUGACCGUUCCUGUCACGACCUUUUUGCUAUUGGCGUCCUUUGGAGUGGGACUACCCGCCACGGUCGCAAUCUUCCCACAGAUCGCCGAGAUCCCCUCGGAGCAAGUGGAAGACAAGUUCAAGCAUUUGCGAAACCCCAAGACACAACAACCCUACCAGGCAUUCUAUUACAACAAGGGAUUGUAAAAGCCGAAUGUCGUCGUUUGUUUUUCACUCCUUGCAUGCAAGGUUUUUGUUCAUGGUACAGCCGCGAACCAAAAAGAAGUGGAUGUGCCUUGAGACCAAAAGAAGAUUGAUCGAAUGUGUAACUUUAAUAGCUAGUACUUUAUUGCAACGUUU